CACGCGGCCGGUAGGGAGUGAGAGAGCAAUAAACAUUAAACCCAGGAGAGAACCCAUUCGGAAUAUAUAUUUUAUAUUAUAAUUAGAUUAAAACAAGGCAGACAAAUAAACAAGGGAGAUUACAGUUAAUUAUAGUUUCAUCUAUGAUUAAAUUGUUAAUUAUAUGUGGUCGUGGUACAGUUGUUCGUUUAAGAGCAUGUUUCUGUCAGGAAGUUAUCAGAAGCCGGUAGUGCAGUAGCUAGCUAACGUUUUCGCCGGGGACGGGCGGACCUCUUUGUCUGACAGGGGAAAGGAACUCGUGCUCUUUUGUUUUGCAUUGUCUUUGUUUAGUGGGCUAAAGGGAACUCUAGGAUCAGCGUUUCUCUUUAUUGACGUUCUUCCCCACAAAAAUAAAAAGAUGCAAAACGUGAAGAAAUACUUCACAGAGGGACUAAUCCAGUUUACGAUCUUACUCAGUUUGAUCGGAGUUCGCGUGGAUGUCGACAGUUACUGGAACGGCUACUACUCACCGCUAGAGAUUAACGACGGUCCCAGCUCAGCCUUUAUCCAGACACCGUUUCACAGUUUGAGGGACAAUUGGGACGGGUACAGCGUGCACCCCAAAUGUCCGGAGUUGGACUAUUUCUUCGCCAGCCGUCGGCUUCUGGACGAGGUGAGGGCUCUUGGGUCGCCCGCCCGGUUCCCUACGCAGUUGAGCGCGUGGCUCGUGCACCAAGUACCUGACAGAUCGGAAUUCGGAGAGCCACCGAACAGCACGAGUAGCAGUAAUGUUAACGCGGGGCUGUCGUCAGAGAGCACCGGGGAAGAGACCAACGACUCUGACCUUCUCGCCGAGGACGAGAACUGUUCUACUGUUAGCGCUAGGUUGAGAGGCCGGCAGGAGGAGUGCCAGACUGCCACCCAACUAAGCACUGAGCCGGGGCCUUAUCCCAGCACCGGAGCCUGCGAGAUACCCAAAGAGGAGGUUGAGUUACUGAAUGGGCAGAUUGAUGGUGAUGAAGCCAGAGAGGAACCGGUUUCCCUGACUCAGCUGGCUCUCAGUUCAGCACUAGAACAAGAGGGUUUGUUCACUAGCGGAGCGUCUCCCGCUUGUCCUGAGGACCCCCGCCCCCCUGCCAUCGACAUCCACCAGCACUGGAGCCACUUCCUGUCUCUACCCGUCUCUGAAUUUGACGAUUUAGACCCACUGGUUCCUCAGCAGCUGUCUGACCUCGACGCCGACAUCUCCAGCGCCAUCAGCCAGGACGUCAGUCUCCGCGACGCCAUGGUAACAGGUUCCACCUACGAUAUGAUCCCACCAAGGGGUGGAGUCAGGACCCUGGUUGCCCGGCAACCAAGAGGGCCCCUUUUCCAACUAGAGUCCACAAACUCCUCUGACUCGUCACCAGGGACGACCACAGGGCUGGCCGCACUACCAUUUACCACAGUGGUCAACGGAACGAGUAACGGAACGUUGUCCCAUGGUGCACUAGGUGGCUGUCUGGAUGAGGCAGUGUUUGACCAGAUCAACCUACUGGGGCUGGAGGGCUGCCUGGACAAUAUGGAUGCCCAGCUGCUGGGGAAUCUGCAAGGCAUCGACCCUCGGGUCCUGGGGGACCUUGACUCAGACUCCGGCCUCUCUCUGGAGAGCAGCUCUCGAGGCCCGACCUCCCCAGGUGCGUCGGAGGUGUCGUCAGCGUCUUCCAGUUCGUUCUGUGAGGACGAGGGCGGAGCUACGGGCUACAGCAGCGAGGCGGACUCCCUCCCUUCAAAGGACAUUGCCGACUACGACACAUCAUGGUCACCUGUGGACCUCAGUGAGAGUGUGUGGCAUGACCACAGCUACUCCACCCCAGCCUUCUCCCACCCAUCAGCCACCACAUUCCCCCACAAAACCAUCAAACAGGAGCCUUUCAGCGACGAAGACGAUGACGGGGAGGAUUACGAAGAUCGAGAGCUUAGCCGCGACGAACUCCGCGCCCGGGCGUUGCACGUCCCGCUCUCGGCAACGGAGAUCGUCAGCAUGCCUGUGGAGGAAUUCCUGGAGCUGCUGGAGGGGCGUGGCCUAUCUGCAGCCCAGGUCACCCUCCUGAGGGAUAUCCGGAGGCGAGGGAAGAACAAGCUGGCGGCACAGAACUGCCGCAAGCGCAAGCUGGAUGCCAUCACAGGGCUCCAGGAGGAGGUGGAGAGGCUGCAGGCACAGAGGAACCGGCUGCUCAGGGAGAGGCAGCACACGGCCAAGGCUCUGGGAGCUGCAGGCCAUCGCAUGGAGCACCUCUCCAGGGACGUCCUUUCCAGGCUGAGGGACGACUCUGGACGACCCCUGACCCCAGAGAGAUACACCCUGCAGUGUGGGGCCAAUGGGAGGGUCGUGGUACAGCAGAUCAGGCGGCCUGGUGUUGCCUCGACGACAGCUGGAGGUAAAACGGACAAGAGGAAGAAGGAGAAGAAGCCUUGAUGCUGGGACUUGAAGUUUUAAGGAUGUGCUAUUGUUUUCUCUGAACUUAUGGGCCAGAUUCUGGUCAUGUGACUGUGUUUCCGGAUCUUUCUCUUCCUUCUUGUCCGGACUCUCCGACCUUGGGAGCCUGAAAGGACAGAAACGCAGAAAAAAUUUAAACCCAAAAACGUGCAUGUAAAUACAAAUAUUAUGGAUUAUGUGUGAAUGAUGGAGAUUUUUUUUCUGGAAAAAGAAACGUAGCUCAAACACUGGACUCUAAUGGUUUCUUGCUAUAUAAAUGAAAGAGUUUUAUCAUUUAAAGCAUUUCUUACAAGGAGAAUUGUAAUAUUUCCAACUAAAAUAAAUUAUAGGCUAGUUAAAAAGAAAGGGAAUUCCAAUUAUAUAGCUUAAAGGCUUAAUGCAGACUUUUUUUUAUAUCAAAAAAUUUCUGCGUGACAAUGAAGUAUCUUACUGUAAUAGUUUUCCAUUAAAAUGCUGGCAAGAA